AUGAAGGCGCUGCGUAUUCACGGCAAAGAAGACCUUCGAUUGGAAGAUAUUCAGACCCCACAGUGCGGCGAUGGCCAGAUCAUGAUCAAGCCAGCUUGGUGUGGCAUAUGCGGCACUGACCUUCAUGAGUACAUGGGCGGCCCGUCAUUAUGUCCAACAACUCCGCAUCCAAUAACCAAUGAGACUGUACCUCUGACCAUUGGACACGAAUUCAGCGGCGUUAUUGAAGAGCUUGGACAAGGUGUUUCGAACAAAUAUGCAGUCGGACAAAGGGUCGUUGUGCAGCCUAUCAUCUAUUGUGGAGAGUGUGGAUCUUGCAAGGAUGGCAUCCCAAACUGCUGCGACAAGAACGGAUUCGUCGGCUUGUCUGGCUGGGGCGGCGGUUUGGCCGAACACAUCGUGGUCCCGGAGUAUUGCGUGGUACCCGUGCCUGACAACGUAUCGUUAGAGCUUGCGGCCCUAGUAGAGCCAUUAGCAGUCGCAUGGCAUGCGGUCAAUAUGUCUCCUGUGAAGGAAUUCAAGAAAGGACAAUUUGCCCUGAUCCUUGGUGGAGGACCAAUCGGUCUUUCUGUCAUCCAAGCACUCAAAGCUCAUGGCGAUGAUACCAUCAUUGUUUCAGAGGUCUCGACGAAGCGCAAAGCUUUUGCGGAGGACUUUGGUGCUGACUACAUUCUGGAUCCAACAAAAGACGACAUCCCAGAACGAUGCAAGGAGAUUUGUGGUGGUAUUCGCGGCGUCGACUGCGUUUUUGAUGCGGCGGGUGUCCAAGCUGGCCUUGAUGCUGCAGUCCUUGCGAUGAGGGCCCGCGGCACACUCGUCAACAUUGCGAUCUGGGAGAAAGACGCAAGGAUCAUUCCUAAUCAAUUCGUUUUCCGCGAGAAAACUUACAAGGGCGUAGCUACGUAUGUUCUCGGAGAUUUCGACGAAGUUCUCCAAGCAAUCAGCUCUGGCAGAAUGAAGCCAGAAAAGAUGAUCACGAAAAAGGUCGAGCUCAAAGACGUGAUUGAGGAAGGUUUCUUGACCUUGUUGGCAGACAAGGACAACCACGUCAAGGUUUUGAUCAAGUCAAACAAUGUCGAGUAA